AGGGGAAUUGUGGCCACCACAGGUGCAGGGAGCAGUUUCUCUCCACUCACAGCCUGAAGCAUACCCGGCAGGGGCUGUCCCCAGGCCCAACAAGCAAAGGGCCCAGUAGCGAGGGUCACUGGAGCCCAUCUCCGGGGGGCUGGGCAGGAAGUAGGGUGGGGUUUGGGGUAGGGAUCUGGUACCCUGGGACUGCUGCAACUCAAACUAACCAACCCACUGGGAGAAGAUGCCUGGGAGUCCAGGAGUCCUCCAAGCUCUGCCUGCCACCAUCUUCCUCCUCUUCCUGCUGUCUGCUGCCUACCUGGGCCCUGGGUGCCAGGCCCUGUGGAUGCACAAGGUCCCAGCAUCAUUGAUGGUGAGCCUGGGGGAAGACGCCCACUUCCAAUGCCCGCACAAUAGCAGCAACAACGCCAACGUCACCUGGUGGCGCGUCCUCCAUGGCAACUACACGUGGCCCCCUGAGUUCUUGGGCCCGGGCGAGGACCCCAAUGGUACGCUGAUCAUCCAGAAUGUGAACAAGAGCCAUGGGGGCAUAUACGUGUGCCGGGUCCAGGAGGGCAACGAGUCAUACCAGCAGUCCUGCGGCACCUACCUCCGCGUGCGCCAGCCGCCCCCCAGGCCCUUCCUGGACAUGGGGGAGGGCACCAAGAACCGAAUCAUCACAGCCGAGGGGAUCAUCCUCCUGUUCUGCGCGGUGGUGCCUGGGACGCUGCUGCUGUUCAGGAAACGAUGGCAGAAUGAGAAGCUCGGGUUGGAUGCCGGGGAUGAAUAUGAAGAUGAAAACCUUUAUGAAGGCCUGAACCUGGACGACUGCUCCAUGUAUGAGGACAUCUCCCGGGGCCUCCAGGGCACCUACCAGGAUGUGGGCAGCCUCAACAUAGGAGAUGUCCAGCUGGAGAAGCCGUGACACCCCUACUCCUGCCAGGCUGCCCCCGCCUGCUGUGCACCCAGCUCCAGUGUCUCAGCUCACUUCCCUGGGACAUUCUCCCUUCAGCCCCCACUGGGGGCUUCCUUAGUCAUAUUCCCCCAGUGGGGGGUGGGGGGGUAACCUCACUCUUCUCCAGGCCAGGCCUCCUUGGACUCCCCCGGGGGUGUCCCACUCUUCUUCCCUCUAAACUGCCCCACCUCCUAACCUAAUCCCCCCGCCCCGCUGCCUUUCCCAGGCUCCCCUCACCCCAGCGGGUAAUGAGCCCUUAAUCGCUGCCUCUAGGGGAGCUGAUUGUAGCAGCCUCGUUAGUGUCACCCCCUCCUCCCUGAUCUGUCAGGGCCACUUAGUGAUAAUAAAUUCUUCCCAACUGCA